CCCUUUCCUGUCCGUCUGCAACUUUGUCAUUCAAGUUCUUGAUAAGAUAGGGCCAACACUUGCUGUGCUGAGACAAGACAUGAAUCAAAACAUCCAGAGAUUGGAGAAGCUACUUGAAUCUGAUCCCAUACUAUACUCAAAUGUGGUUGAGAUGUUGAAGAAAGAAGCCAGUGAAGGCAAUGCAAGAAAAAUUACCAGCUGUAGCAGAGCUAUUGUCUGGCUUACCAGAUCCAUGGACUUGACAGUAGCUUUGUUGCAAUUACUAAUGAAGGAUUUUGAGAUAAACAUGCAACAAGCAGUGCAAGAAUCGUAUAACAUCACUCUAAAACCAUGGCAUGGAUGGAUCUCUUCCACUGCUUACCGAGUAGCUCUUAAACUAGUACCCGAUAACAAAACUUUAAUAUCUAUCCUCAUGGCCAAAGAUGAAGACUGUGAGACACUUAAAAAGGAAAUGCACACCUUAACUUCAUUACUUAAACCUCUUCUGGAAGAUAUCCACUCUAUUCUGAGAACAUAUGGCUUGGAUAGGUUUAAAUCUGCCUGAAGGGAGAGUAUCUAAAAGACAAACAAUUGUACAAAGUUAAAUUUUGUGUAGAGUUCUGUAUAACACCAUUUUCUUCUAGUACAUAUUAGUAAAUGAAUGAUUCCACUUGUUUAUGUAUAUAAGAAACAACUUGUUCUGGAUAUGGGAAACUGCA